GACAGACAAAAACAUAAACAUGGAUGAACUUCUGUAUAAAUCCAUGUUUAUGGCAGUACUUAUGGAUUAUAAUCGUGGAGAGUACAAAGCUUCUUUUAAAACAUUUAGAGAGGUAUCUAACUAUCAAAUAAAUACAAGAUAUAAAGAUAAUGCAAAAUAUUAUUUGGCAUUGCAUUAUAAAAAUAGGAAACCUUUUAAAAAUAAUUAUAAUGCCUAUUAUUUCUUCAAUCAAGUUGCACAAAGUGAUUCAACAUAUAAAGAUGAUGCAAAAUAUAU